AUGGAUAGACGUAUCGGCGGAGUAUUAACUCAGCCUGGGAACAGGCUUCCUGUGCUGCAGAAUGCUACAGCUCUCACUGUAUCUAUUGCCAUUUGCAUGUGUGGCUCUUAUCUCAAAUUCUUUAGAAUUCCAGGGGGCAGCCUUCCAUCCAUUACAGCACUAGUAGUUACUUUAGCGACUGCAUUUCCAACCCAGUUCAGUCAACUUGCACCUUCUGGCGAUGCUUUGGCUAUGAUUUUGAUGCAGGUAUUUUUUACUAUGGUAGGUGCAAGGGGAAAUAUUUGGAAUGCCAUCAGCAUGGCAACCAAGUAUUUUUGUUUUCUCUCUUUACAAAUUGCAGUCCAUCUUGCUGUGAUCCUUGUUGGAAAGCUAUUUCGCUUCAACCUGAAACUUUUGCUCCUGGCAUCAAAUGCCAACAUUUGAGGCCCUACAACAGCGUGUGCCAUGGCAAGGGCCAAAGGGUGGGGUUCCGUGGUUAUUCAUGGUAUUCUUGCAGGAAUCUUCAGAAUCGCUAUUGCAACUUUUCUUGGCAUUGGUUUUGGUGCAAAAGUUCUCAAAUACAUAUGAGACUU